UUUCAGUGACCGAUAUAGCUUUUCUCUCCCCCUUUUUUUCUUUUUCAUGACAUCUAAACGCGACUUGGAAGACUUUUCUGAUGAUGAGCAACUUUUUGCAGAACUCGAGAAUGAAGAAGAUACCGAAGUCUCUGCUAUUAGAGAGAGAAGAAUCAGAGAGAUUCAAGAUGAACUGAAUAGACGUAAUGCUCAGGCGGAAAAUGAUCAUGGCUUAUAUACAGACAUCAGUAAAGAAAAGGAAUUCAUGGACAUCACUACUUCUGAAAAGUACGUCGUGGGACACUUUUAUCAUAGAGACUUUAGAAGAUGUAAGAUUAUGGAUACACAUUUAGAGUCACUAGCAAAGAAAUAUUAUGAUACCCGUUUUAUCAAGAUUGACGUCCAAAAUGCACCUUUUUUGGUAGAGAAACUUCAGAUCCGAGUUCUGCCUUGCGUUAUGGCAUGGGUGAAUGGCUAUGCACAGACAAAAAUUGUGGGUUUUGAUGAAUUGGGUAACUCGGAUGGUUUCCAAACAGCUUCACUUGAAUUGAAACUACUUCAUGCCAAUGUUAUAAAGAAAAAAGAAGAAAAAUCACAGGGGGCUAAAAAGUCAAUCUUUCAGUCUAACAAUGACACAGAUUCAGAAUUAGAAGACGAUUAAAUAAAU